AUGAGUUCUCGAUAUACAUUUUCCAUGAGCACAAUUAACUAUAUGAAUUCUCGUAUCCAAACUCAAAGAUUCACCAACAAUUCUAUGACUGAUAAUACUAUUAAUCAAAAAGUAAAAAUUUUAUUUCGUAAUAAAGAUUUUUUAGUGGUUGAUAAACCCUAUGACAUUAGAAUAGAUGGUGAUACAUCAAAAGCUCCCACCGUAUCCUCUCUUUUGUACGCACAAGAUCCAACAUUGCCGACUCCAUUACGCAAUGUACACCAAUUAGAUCAUGCAACAUCUGGAUGUUAUUGCUUAGCAUUAUCAAAAAAAGCAGCUGGAAUUGCUAGUGUGGCGUUCGCGAAUCAUUUUAAAUGCGAUCUGACAGCCGCAAAAACGAAACUUGAAGUUAUUCGCCGUGGAUACUUUUAUCCCACUUCACCUUCUUCUCUUCCUUCAGAAUCACCAAUUAAAGUAACAUUAAUAAACCUCUACCCAAUAACAGGUCGAAGACACCAACUUCGAUUACAUUGCCAAUAUUUAGGUCACCCAAUUGUUGGUGAUUGGCAUUACGAAUCGCAAAUUAUGGAAUAUACUGACACAUUUCGUAUGAUGUUGCAUGCUUGUAAAUUACGCAUUCCUUUAAAUAUUAUUCAAGGUGUAAAAAUGAGAAAUGCUGAAAAUACGAAUGAGAAUGUUAAGAACGAUGAUUUGGAAGAUUUACAUGAACUGGAUGUUGGAUCUGAAGAUCCAUUUCCAGGAUUAGUUUACGAGUGUGUGAAGGAUGAGACAUGA